UAUUGUUUAAUAUUUGUUAAUUAAACAUCUACCCAAUUAUUAUAUCUUUAAAGUUUAACAAGUUAUUCUAAAUAAUUUAAUAUUUCUUUUAAAUAAUGGCAGAUGAAUAUGCAGCUGUUAAACGUAGCAAAUUGGUUUUUAAAGGAGAUAAACCAAAAGCUAAAAAAAGAAAACAUAAAAGUAAGGAUAACUCAACACAUUCUAAAAUUGAUAAUGAUUUAGUGAAACAUGGAAAUUGGUGGAAAGUUGAAAAGAUUGAGGAUCUAACUGGUCCCAUUUCUAUUGAAUUUGGAAAUCUUUCCUAUAUAUCAGCAUUAGAUAAUGGUUUAUUUACUUUGGGUGCUCCUCACAAUGAAGGUGAAGGUCCAUCUCCAGAGGAAAUAUUUACUGCCUUUCCUGCAGGAGAAAAUAAAUUUGCCCUCAAAUCAGGGUAUGGAAAAUAUCUAGGUAUAUCCAAAGAUGGUGUUGUUAUUGGAAGAUCUGAUGCUGUAGGACCUAUGGAACAAUGGGAACCAGUAUGGCAAGAUGGUAAAACAGCAAUACUUAGUUCGUUAAAUAAAUUUGUCUGUGUGAAUAAUGAGGAUGAUUCUAUAGUUGCUAUACGUGUUUCUGCAAGUGACCAAGAGUUUUGUAAUAUUCGUAGUAAUAGAAGUAAGGUUGUGCAGAAAGUUUUAGUGCCUGAGGAAGAAGGGGACUUAGCAGAAGUUGAAGUUAACUAUGUAAAAAAGUUUCAAAAAUUUCAAGAUAAAAAACUGCGCAUAAAUGAUACAGGUGUAGUUGAACUAAAGAAAGCAAAGGUGGAUGGUAAUCUUCAUGAGACAUUAUUAGACAGACGGGCCAAGAUGAAAGCAGACAGAUAUUGUAAAUAGGCAAUAGUACCUCAUUAUCUUGGUUGUUGAUGAUAUCAUAAGAACAUCCAAGUUUUUUCAAUUUCCAGAUUAUAUAAUAACUUUUAAUUGCACCUAGCAUAGUUCUCAGAUUAAUAAUAGUUUGACAUCUUAUCUAUUUAUAAGAUGCUGACUUCAAACUCAUAGUAAGACUGAACAUACAUUUAUAUCAAUCAAACCUAUCUAUUUCCCAUAGAUUGUUAUGAAAAAUUUGCUAAAUGUAUGUAUAUAAGUAUAUUUCACAUUGAAAAAACAAAUUUACCUAGGUGAAUUUAUAUUCUUAUUAAAAUUUCAACCAAUUUAGUGAAA